AUGGCCGUGAAAGCGGUGCACAUCGAAGUGGUCUCUGAUCUUACAACUUCGGCAUUCCUUGCGUCAUUGCAACGUUUUAUUCCUAUACCUUUGGAAAUAUACUCAGACUGUGGUACCAAUUUCCAAGGUGCCGCAUCUGAAUUGCGUCGGUUGUGGUCAGAUCCUGAAGCACAAAACAGUGUCUCAAAUGCUGUGCCAUGUAGGUGGCACUUCAACCCACCGGCUGCUCCCCACUUCGGGGGAUUGUGGGAGGCAGCUGUUAAAUCCAUGAAAACCCACCUGAAACGAGUAAUUGGCACCCAACUGUUAACAUUUGAGGAGAUGUGCACUAUAACUCAACGAAUAGAAGCCAUACUGAACUCACGACCAAUAACACCCCUUUCGUCAGAUCCAAAUGAUUUACGAGUGUUAACACCAGGUCACUUCCUCACAGAUGCACCUCUCGUCACGCUGCCUGACCCCGAUGUGACGCAGAUUCCAAUGAACCGUCUCAACCUGCAGCUGUUGGAUCAAUUUCACCAAUCGUUGUGGAAACGUUGGUCUUCAGAAUACUUGCGAUUAUUGCAAGUCCGAUCGAAAUGGCACCACCCGCAACCUAAUGUCACACUUGGUGACCUUGUGCUAGUGCAGGCACCAAAUUUACCACCCACACUCUGGAAAAUGGGACGGGUCGAAGCAGUUCAUCCCGGCGAAGAUGGAGUUGUGAGGGUAGUAACUCUCCGUACCAGUGAUGGCACCCUCAAGCGGCCCGUGGUCAAGUUAGCUCGUCUUCCAAUCAAUUAA